AUGCCUCCGCCACAAUCCCUCAAGCAACUAAAGAGUUUGGUAGGGCAGGUUUCGUAUUUACGACGCUUCAUACCGGCACUUGCCAAAGUGACUCAUGCUUUUGGCGCUUUGAUGAAAGAAAGAUCUGAGUUCAGAUGGAGUGAGAAGCAUCAACAAGUUCUCAAUCGUCUCAGAGGACUGCUCUCCUCGCCAACCACCAUGGUAGCCCCUCGAAUUGGGAUCCCCCUCAGACUUUACAUAACCUCGACAGAACGCUCCAUUGGAGCGCUUCUCGCCCAGGAAAAGGAUGGUCAAGAGCGCCCUGUGUAUUAUAUCAGCCGAGUUGUGCAAGGUGUCGAGGCACGCUAUUCCCCGAUAGAGCGCCAUUGCCUCUUCCUCGCGUUUGCGGCCAAGAAAUUCCGCCAUUAUUUCUUAGCCCAUACCAUUCAUCUCAUCACCAAAUGUGACUCGCUGAGAUACCUGCUCUCGCGACCGAUCAUUUCGGGGCGAGUCGCGCGGUGGCUUUUGGCGUUGGCCGAGUUCGAUAUCCAAUGCCUAGCACCUCGUGUUAUUCUAAGUCAGGCCAUGGUUGAUCUGAUAGCCCAAUUCCCUUCCAGGAAUUUCGAGCCGGUGCACGAUGACCUUCCUCUCGACGAGUUCGAUUCAAUUUGUUGUGCGGAUGAAAACAUGAUUUGGACGCUGUCAUUUGAUGAAUCAUCGACCUCUACGGGAGGCGGCGCAAGAGUAGUAUUGACCCCUGAAACGGGGCAAGCCCAGAAUCUUUCAUACAAGCUCACCUUCGGAUGUUCCAAUAACACAGUAGAAUAUGAAGCUCUGGUGCUGGGCUUCCUGGCAGCACGAGAAGCUAAAAUCAAGCGGUUGCAUGAACCGGCCUUGGCCGCAUACAGAACCAUCAUCCAGAAACUCAGUGGCUAUUUUAGUGAACUUCAAAAAACCCACGCGCCGAGGACUGCUAAUCGGCAUCCGGACGCUUUGGCCACUUUGGCAUCCAAAGUCGAGAUCACAGGGGAAUCAGUAGAUAUCUGUAUUCACAGAAAGAAUGAGUCAUGUCUGUACAACGUACAAUUUGCGAACUCUGAGGAUAAGGAUUGGCGAGACCCUUACAAGUCGCAGCUGAAGGGUGGUGUGGGCGAUAUCCCUUUGGUGGAACUUAAAAAUUUUACAGUGUAUCUGGGGGUGUUGUAUUUCAGGGCACCCGGAGGAACUCUGGCAAGGUGUGUCGGAAGGAAGGAAGCUAGUAAAGUGUUGGGUGAAAUUCACGGGCACACAUGUGAGCUGUUCGAAGGGAACCAAGAUGUGGCCAAUGUCGAGGAAGACUGGAGGCGCAAGUACGUAGAGUAUCUCGAAAACCGGUCGCUCCUAAAGGAGCCUGGAGAGGCUGCUCUACUCAGAAGAGAGGCAAGCCGAUUCUUCAUUUGCAGCGACGAACUAAUGAGGCAAGGCUUUGAUGGUAAAGCCAAACGGUGCGUCAAUUUGGCCGAAGCUCGUGAAGUUUUGAAGCAAGCUCACAAUGAUGAACACCAAGGGUGA